GGGGUUUUCAAAAUGGUGAAACUUCCGGUAUUUAAAAUGAGAACAAAUUUGAACAAACUUAUCGAUAAAUACGCCUCUGUGUUGAUACACUGAAUCCAACACAACUUUGAAUAAUCAAAAGACGUCUCGAAGCACUGUAUAGACGAUGAAUUUUUCUGAACUUUUCAAGCAAACGUCUGGUAUUUGUCGAUUUUCUCCUAAUGGAAAAUAUUUGGCUAAUGUUGUCCAGUACAGGCUGAUUGUACGAGAAGUGAGCACAUUACAGAUUACCCAACUUUACACUUGUUUGGAUGCUAUCCAGAAAAUAGAGUGGUCUUCAGACUCCCUGUUUAUACUAUGUGGGAUGUACAAAAGAGGACUUGUUCAGGUUUGGUCAUUGGAACAGCCAGAGUGGACAUGUAAGAUAGAUGAAGGGUCAGCCGGUCUCACUGAUGUAAGAUGGAGUCCAGAUGGAAGACAUAUUCUCGCAACAGCAGAUUUUCAGCUUCGUGUGACUGUUUGGUCUCUCAUCAAUAAAUCUGUGUCUUACAUCAAAUAUCCAAAGCAGUGUGGAGAGAAUGGAAUGGACUUCAGCAGAGGAGGGAAGUAUAUGGCUCUAGCAGAGAGAAGAGAAUGUAAAGACUUUAUCAGUGUAUUUGCAUGUAAUACAUGGCAGUUAGUUAAGCACUUUGAGACUUCUACAGAAGAUUUAGCUGGUGUCAAGUGGUCUCCUGAUGGCAAAGUGCUAUGUGUCUGGGACUCUUGUUUACAGUAUAAGGUUUUGUUGUAUUCAGUAGAUGGUCGCUGUUUAUCAACUUACAGUGCUUACGACCAUGCUCUGGGCAUUAAGACAGUCAGCUGGUCUCCAACAAGUCAAUUCCUGGCUCUUGGUAGCUAUGACCAAAAGGUGCGCAUUCUUAACCACAUUACAUGGCAAACUGUGGCUGAACAUCUUCAUGUUACAACUCUAGAUAACCCUAAUGUGAUUGUUUAUAAAGAGGUUGAAAAGAGGGUGCCACUAGGUAGGGAACAACGAUCUCCAUCAAGCUUAUUCAGCACUCCAAGUAAAUAUGAGGUGAUUGAGGGAAGUGUCCAAAUACCAGUUAUCAAAGUAGAUUUCAACAAAGCUAAUCCCAAAGUUGGAGUUGGUUCUCUUGCAUUUAGUGCAGAUAACAGAUACCUUUACACUAGAAAUGAUAACAUGCCACAUACACUGUGGAUAUGGGAUAUCCAGAAUCUCUGCCUGAAUGUGAUGAUAAUACAGAACAGCCCCAUAAAAUGUGUUCAGUGGGACCCCAAACAGACCAGGCUAGCCAUGUGCACUGGAAACAACAAGAUCUAUAUGUGGUCCAGGGCUGGUUGUCUUUCUGUGGAAAUUCCAACUGAAGGUACAUUCCAUGUCCACUCCCUGAAGUGGCACCAAGAUGAGAACACACUCUUACUGCUGGGGAAGGAUCAGAUGUGUGUAUGUUUUCUAAGGGACACUGAAAAUACUGAACACUGAAAACUGUUUAGAUUUUUAAAAAAUUAAGUAAAAACUGCUGAUUCUAGUACACCUGGAGCUUCUUGCAGUUUUUGAUAUUCAUUGGGCCUCAAUUGCUGAUUCUGAUAUACAUUGGGCCUCAAUUGCAAAGAUUAUGAUAUACAUUGGGCCUUUGAUUGCAGGUUCUUAUGUACAUUGGGCCUCGAUUCCGCAGAUUAUCAUAUACACUGGGCCUCAAUUGCAAACUCAUGUUGGCCUCAAUUGUGUAA